AUGUUUCGUCUUUUACGCCAUCCGGAAAUCGAUGUUCAGAUUGCAGCUACUGGUGCCAUUUGCAAUCUGGUGACCGAAGUCAGUCCGAUGAGAGAGCGUUUGAACGAAGCUGGUAUUAUGAAAGUCUUGUGCGAGCACGCGCAUUCACUAAAUGCAGCAUUGCGUCUUAAUGCGCUCUGGGCACUAAAACACUUUAUUGACGGUGUAGCGGCGGACCUCAAGAAGGAGUGCCUUGAGGAGCUCGAGUCCGGAUGGCUAGUACAACUGAUCUGCGACGACACUGAAGACGAAGCUCUCUACGCGCGGACAAAGAGCGAGCGGCCCGGAAGUCAGGUAUCUCCGAAUGAUCUGGACGAGGACAUGGAGAUGGAUCAAUCCGAGGAGGACAGCAAGCCUUGGCAACUGUCUGGUACUCCUCGCUCUAGUAACGAGAGAACAAGGACGGUUAGGCUACGGCAAGCUGAAAGAAAGAUAUCGGUGCUCCGGGAAGCCGAGUUAAAUCCAGUCCGGAAGGCACGGAAUGACGAUCUCGCCAUCCAGGAACAGGGUCUGAAUUUUAUCAGGAAUCUCAUCGGGCCUGUCCGUCCCGGCACGAGUUCGGAUUCAUCCCGUGACAACACGGAGAUGAUAGACUACCUUUUUAGUCAGCUGGGCCAGGACCGCCUAUUCGGCAUCUUAGAAUCCAAGCUGCAAGUCAAGUUUCUCCACCCAUUCAGCCGAAGGUUCUCUGCCAACAAGGACUCUCGGGUUCUCUAUCCUCAGGCGAAGAUCAUCGAGGCUGUCGUCUUCAUCCUAGUUCAUAUGGCAGCGAGCGUUCCGCGGCAUAGGCAGAUCGUCAUCUCACAGACAAAACUGCUUCAAGACCUAGGGAAGCAUUUCACGAGUAAGGACAAAGAUGUCCGCGUCGCUCUAUGCCACCUCAUUGCCAACUUGACCUGGCAGGACGACUCAACCGACGAGGAUGCUAGUCGGCAGCGGGCGGUCGAGCUCAAGAGGCUUGGGCUAUUAAACAAACUUGAGUCUUUGGAGCAGGAGGACAGCGAGCUGGAUGUGCGGGAGCGGGCGAAGGCAGCAAUAUGGCAGAUCAACAAGCAAAGAGGCUAUUAG